UGGUACAGUCGUGUAGUACAGCAUGGUGUGCGUCAGGCUGCGGGGUUGUAUUCCGUCGGACUUGGGCAGCUGACCAACGAACGGCUACAGAUGGUACUUUUACAUUUCGUGAACACAUGCCUACGUCGCAGUCGCAGUCGGACAGGACAGAAUCGGCUUCGGGACCAUGUGAGGAAGCUGCCAGGCUGGAAGACACGCGCCUUCUCCGGGACCAGCUCAUCUCCAUCACUCCAUAGCUGAUGCAGAACCGUGCGUCUUAAAUCACUCCCAUUGGCUGCUGACUCUUAAACCUCCUGCCACUUUCUGUCAUCAUAAACUUCUUUUUUUCCUGACUAUAUAUAUUUUUUAAUGUUUGGAGUUCGACGACAUAGCAGCCAGACAAAAACGGGGCGCUGGGAAAGCGCAUUGACGGUGGAAGGGGGUCGCUCCCGUCCCGUCCGCCGGCUUCGAUGCAGUUGUGGACUGCUGGCAUUUAGGCUUCGCGGUCCACGAAGAGACCAUUUUCAAUUUAUUAUCCCGUUGUUUGGAAUAUAUUGCAGUAUAGGGGAAUUUAUUUCAAAUCAGUCACUUAAGUAAUUUAACGUCGUGGUAAGAUAUUCGGAUGUUUUGUUGCGGUGUUUAAAAAACGUUCGGACAAAACCCUUUUUAAAAUCAAAUUUAUUAUCAUUUAGGCUAUAAUAACACCCAUUUCGCAUGGGUAGUUGGUAGUUGGAUAUUUUGGUAAAUAUACAGGGGUAUAUAUAUUUUGUGCUUUUUCCAUUCAUUAAAAAAAAUAAAUAGGUCCUAACAUGGCAAUAGAAACAGAUGCGGAAUUUGAGAAGGCUGUUUCUGGAGGAAAGGGAACAGCGCCGAGCAGCGAGUCCCAAGAGACGGAGAAACUUCUAAGGGUUGCAGCCCCGGACCCCUCUCGCCGACGCGACCUGCGGCUCUCCACCUCCUUUACAGCCAGCCUGGGUAGCACCAAGUCCCUGGAUGCGGAUCAAAAUGGACACAGCGCUCCGCUGCGCUCCGGGUCUGUUGGGCACCUUCGGGUGCCGCCCAUGUCCCCGUCCCGCGCCAGCUUGCGGAGCCGUGCAUCCUCCACGGGAACGGCCGCCGGUGACCAGCCCAAGCCACGGGAUUACCUGCUACUAGCCGCUCUCUCCUGUUUUUGUCCGGUCUGGCCCAUCAACAUAGUUGCACUGGUCUAUUCGAUCAUGUCCAGAAACAGCUUACAGCAAGGGGAUGUGGAUGGGGCCCGACGGCUGGGGCGCCUGGCUCGCCUCCUCAGCCUGUUCUGCAUCAUUCUGGGCCUGCUUAUCAUUGCCGUUUACAUCACAGUCACAGUUACGAACGUUUACUGACACAGAGGACAGCGAAGAAGCCACCAAAGUCAAGCUCUCACACCGGAGAAAAGGGAAAAAUUAUCCUUAAAAUGAAGGAACCAGGAACCGUCCUCCAGAAAGUCCAAAACAACCAUGUUACCAAGCAAAACAAGCAAAAUAUGGACAAAAUCAAGCAAAAAAAGAUAAAUGCAUGCUUCAGGUAAUGUAUGCAUGAACCUGGGACAAAACAAACCCAAAGUGUCUGACUAGGAAUGUGGAGGAGGCAAUUUUAACAGCAGUGGGGAUUAAUCUACACCUUUGCUCAUCACUCCAACUUUAUACAGACGUAUUAACUGUAUGCAUGAUGUAAGUUUUAUUAUGAUCACUUUACAGCAGACGCCACUGCAUGUGUUUUCUUGAGGUUGUUUUGUACUUUCUACAGAAAAACUUUUUGUAGGCAGAAGAUUGUGGAUGUGAGGCAAAGAUGGUGUCUUUGACCGCCUGCCUGUCCCCCUUUCACUAACUCUGGUCCCUCUGGAUGUGUUGACACCUGUGGGGAGGGUCACAGCCACCUGCAGGAGGCAGCCAAGCCUAUGGGCCAGUGGCCCAGAAUGCUCUGAUUGAUCCACGAACUCAAGUUUGCUUGCACUUGCGUCUCUUAGCUAGCCCCGCCUCCUACCCAUCUGUCAGCUGUAAGCAUUAACUGGCAGCAGUGAUGUCAAAUGAGAACAGUAGCCAGGCCUUUACAUGGGCGAAUAAAUGGUAACUGGGAGAUCACCCCUAUACUACAGGAUAUUCCUACCUGUCCUGUCCUGUGGGGGGGAGGGGUGGUUAGUGUGAUUAUUAGUGUGCUCUUUAGCCAGCAGGGUAAUGUUUGCAGCUCAUGAGAGGUUUACACAGGAGCCCUAUGCAGCCAGUUCAAGCCAGGCUGUAUUUGUGGGUGGGUCUGUGUGACAGACGUAGGGUUUUGCUGACCUUUGCACUCUUCCUGUGCUGGUUGCAUGUCUGAAAUAAAGGUAUAUGUGCAUGGUC